GUAGUCUCCGAGGAUUGAAUUCGAUUCUUGAUUGCCUAGCACCAUAAUGGACGCAUCCACGAUGCCGCCGCCGCCGCCUACCAAACGGAGCUGCUCCGCCUCCCUCCCACCGCCCGCGGACGCCGUUUCCGCCAGCACCGACGUCCUAAUCCAAAUCUUCUACCUCCUGCCUUUCAAGUCCCUCUGCCGAUUCAAAUCCGUCUCCAAGCACUGGCUAUCCCUCAUCUCCGACCUCAACUUCCCCCCCACCUCCCUCCUCCCUUCCGCCCUCUUCCUCGACCGCCGCACCCCCCACCACAACGACCUCCCCCUAGUCGAAUUCCUCUCCCUCGCCGACCAAAACCCUACAAAACCCUCCCCCGACCAAAACCCUGGUAACUUCAUCCCGGACCCACUAGGCCUACAGAUCGCCUCGUCUUGCAACGGCCUGUUCUGCUGCAUCACCUUCCUCUCCUGCCAAUCCGACCGGACCUACUACAUGUACAACCCCACCACCAAGCAAUUCAAAAAGCUCCCCAAACCCGGCCGCGGCGGCGUCUCGGAGCCCUUCGUCUGUGGCACGGACCUGGCUUUCAAUCCGUCGAAGUCGCGGCACUACAAGAUUGUUUGUGUAAGGUAUUUGGACAAAGAAUUGGAGCCUCGUCCGAGCAAGCCCAAGUUAGGGUUUGAGAGCAAGCCCAAGUUAGGGUUUGAGUGGUACAGGGCGGAGGUGUACUCGUCGGAGUUAGGCGAUUGGGUUUUGUCCGGUGAGCCUUUUGUGGCGAGUCUUAAUACAUGUUUCAACGGGGGAGUGUUUUGGAAGGGGUGUAUUCAUUGGUCAAACAGCGAUGAUCGCGGGAAAGAGUCGUUGUGUUUCGAUAUCGAUCAGGGGGUGGUACGAGAAGUGAAAAUGUCUCUCGUCGGAGGGAAAGAGAGUUAUGAGAAGAGGAAUGUGAGCUAUUUUGGGGAGUCUCAGGGGCAUUUGCACCUUAUUGAGAUUUAUGACCAGAAGCGCGCUAAGUUCGAUGUGUACGAGAUGGAAAUGGAUUGCUCGGGGUGGUUUGUGAAGUAUCUGGUUGAUCUUGAUUCGAUUCCCAUUGUGAUUGAGGAGAUGAAUCUUGAGUAUAAUUUCGUUCCGCUUUUAGUUGUUCAGGGUGACAUUGAUGAGGAGUCGUUCUUGGUGCUGCUCAUAAACGGCAAGGUCAUACGGUACGAUUUUGAGGGCAAGACUUUCAAGAAGCUCUGUGACUUUGGUCCGGGGAAGCAGUACAACGGCUAUUAUGUUGAUGGCUUUUUAAGAUAUGGUUACUGGUAUGAUGACGAGGGAUCAUAGGCAACACUUGUAGUGUGAAGAAAAAAGGGCACUUCAUUCUUCGGAUCACAAUAUUCUGAUUUCGAGUGCCAUGAGGGUUGUUUAGUGCAGAUAGAGAGGCCUUUAGUGUGGACUGCUACUGCAACGAAUUUGGGUGAGAGACGUCGUCACUUGAAGAUUUGGUUAUUUUUUGGUGAGUAAUGGUUUUCUUGUUUUCUUUCGUGUACAUACCAAUUGGUUUUGGAUGUAGAGUCAAAUGAUAGCGGCUGAGUUUUUGGCUUACAUCACGGGAUCUAUGGGAUAUUGAGUAUUUUCUGGAUGCCCAUGUUAUUGUCAUUUAUUGGGUCAUCAUAUGGGUUAAAAGAGCGGGAGCCUUGUACAUUGGGUUUGCCACCCUUGCCCUAUUCCUACUUUUGUUUGGCUUUUCUUUUCC